CAUUGAACAGCCACGCGAGCGGUUCACCAAUAGUAGCUCGAACUGUACAGGCGGAUUUUAUAGCAAUGAAUCGUGGUUUGUGCUUAGUGUGGUCAGUAGACAAAUGGCGUUUGUGGUUUUGUUUGUGGUUAGUGUCACAGGCUCAGGCGGAAGGUCCAUACCGUUCACCGGAAAUUUUCAUGUACGAUGAUUUGGAGAGCUGCACUGCGCGUUCCGACACAUCCGUUUACUGCUACGCUAAGACCGUGCUCCACGUCGAUCAGUUUCCGGCAGGAUACGUUGUUCCCAAUACAGAAACUACCGAUAGGAUCGUCUUUAAUCAUCGGCGACAUGUGCUCGAAUUGGGUGUCUGCACCGCAAAGUGUCUGGAUGAGGUGCACCAGAUGAGUGAAAUGGAGCGCAAUGCUCUUGAUCUUCCCGACAUACCUGUUAACUUUACGUUCCUUAUCCCCAGCAAGGUGUUUCCCACGAUGGUGGCCGAUAACAGGCGUUACAGCUCGCUGGUGAACGUUUGCAUCAACAAACGAUUGCGUGACGAGUACGGCAUCAUGGGACACACGAUCCUGGAGUACUGCCGGCCACCUAGCAGCCAACCCGCACCACCAUUCUCGUUCUUGGAGCUCGCUUUCAUUGCGAUUACGGUCGCUUUUGUGGGCGCACUGCUCAUCGCGACUCUCGUUGAUUUCUACUCGACGAAUGAUAACGCUCCACACGAUGACUGGGUGAUGGCUUUUUCGGUUCGCCAAAACUGGAACCGGUUGCUGGCGGAUCCAAGGUCGCCAAGCCUACACCACGAGCUGCUUUACAUCGAUGGGCUGCGUGUGCUUGUGAACCAUCUGGUUAUCGUGCUGCAUAGCAGUUUGGCCGCUAGCGUCGUACCAGCGAGUAACUAUGAAGGGAUAGAGCGUCUGUUGUUUCACUAUCCGUUUUUGGCAUACUUUAGCGCGAACGCCUUUCUGGUGCAGAUCUUCUUCACCAUCGGAGGGUAUCUGCUGAGCAUAAACUUUCUGCAGGAUAGCCGAACCCAUCCCAUCGAUGCCCGGUACGCCAUCAAGAAGCUGCUGAACCGUUUACUGCGCCUGAUGCCCGUGUACGGAUACUUCCUGCUGUUUUCGGUUAGCGUGAAUGUGCGAUUCGAUACGAAUGUCAACGGAUUUCGGCUUUUUACGGCCGAAAAUGGGAUCUGCCGUCAGAAUUGGUGGAGCAAUUUGCUGUUUAUCAACAAUCUGGCAUGGCCGGAGGAUCUCUGCCUCAUGCACACUUGGUAUCUGGCGACCGAUUUGCAGCUUUUCGUACUCGCGCUCGCCCUACUGCUAGCGGUGCACCGUUGGCCCAAGAGCAGCGGCAUUGUGUUCACGAUGGCCAUACUCGUUUCGCUGUGGAUGCCAGCAUACAUUACGCACACCGACAAGCUGCACCCGGUGUUGCCGGCAAAGCUGGGCGAAGCGAAGCUGCUCACCAUGCACGAACCUUGGAUACGAAAGAUUUACAUGCCGAGCUACGCCAACACUGGCAGCUACUUGGCCGGUCUGAUUGCUGGUUACCUGCACGAUCGUGUUAUCAAUCACAAGCUGCAGCUGAGUGCAUUCCCGCUCUAUCGUGCUGUUGACCGAAUGAUAACACCACUGCUGAUCGCGAUCCUCCUGUCUUGCGGUAUGUGGUACUAUAUCGAGGUACCGAAACCAUCGCUGUGGGUGUCACUGUACAGUAUACUCUACCGCAACGUGAUCGGAGUGUUUAUGGCCACCUGGUUCCUGCGUUCCAUCAAUACUCCCAAAGGAUGGUUCCGGCGUAUCCUGUCCAUGAAACUAUUCACCACGCUCGGCAAGCUGACGUACAGUGUGUACGUGCUGCAUGAUGUCGUGAUGCGCUUUAUGCUGCUGAUCGAGCCGAUGGGUGCGGCGGUCACCCUUGGGAAAUUCGUCCGAUCGAUCUAUCAAGUCAACAUUUCUGCGUUCGUCGGUGGAUUCUUUGUGUUUCUGCUCAUUGAGCAACCGAUGAUACAGCUGUUGAGACCAAUCAUCGACCGUGUAUGCAGCUGGAGUAACCAGAAGAAGAAAAACUAGAUUUAGAUCUAGUCCACCACUUUCGCUAUAAUGUAUUGCGACAUCGUGUAAAAUUUAGAGUAUGUGUGUGUAUAUGUGUUUGUGGGCACCCCGGGGGUACGUUGAUAGAGGUUGAAAAUGAAUUAAAUUUAGUACUUCA